GCGCUCCUAAGUAUUCUUGUACCUCAGGGCGCUGAUGCCGCUGUAAUGUCAAUAGACUAUGGAACGGAAUGGUUCAAAGUUGGCUUAAUCAAAUCUGGCAUUCCUCUUGACGUUGCUCUCAACAAAGACUCCAAAAGAAAGACUCAGUCUGUCGUGACUAUUCGUGAUAACGUUCGAAUUUAUGGCUCAGACGCCAUUAGUUUGGCCGGUAGAUUCCCUCAAUUCACUUAUUUCAACCUCAAGAGUGUACUCGGUAAACCUUAUGAUGAUAAGCAUUGCGAAGAGUUCCGCCACAGAUUUGUGAACACAAUGGUCCUUGAUCCUUCGCGUACAAAUAUGCCUGCUUUUCACCACAACGACACCGAUGUAUUGACCGUUGAGGAACUGAUUGCCUAUCAAUUCCAAACUGCCAGACAACAGGCUAUCAAUACUGCUGGUGAAGAUGUCAAGGAUGUUGUUAUUACGGUUACUCCAUUUGCCAAUCAAUAUGAAAGACAGGCUAUUCUUGAUGCCGCUGAAUUGGCUGGCCUCAAAGUACUUUCCUUGAUGCAUGAUGAAACAGCAGUUGCUCUCAAUUAUGCAAUGAACCGUCAGUUUGAAAAAACUCCCGAGUACCACAUCUUUUAUGAUAUGGGCGCUGGAUCCACUGUUGCCUCUCUGGUCUCAUUCUCGAAUGCCGAAUUCAAAGAGGGCAAGCGUACCAAGUCCCACCCUCAGAUCGAAGUCAAGUCGGUUGGGUUUGAUCAGACGCUUGGCGGUUAUGAGUUUGAUGUCCGCCUGCAGCAGCAUCUCGCAAAGGGGUUUAUGAAGAUGCAUAAGAAUGCUGUCAAGACUGACAUUACUGCUUCUGAUGGUGCCAUGGCCAGACUCCUGAAGGAAGCCACACGUGUCAAGCAAAUCUUGAGUGCAAACACUGAAACUGGUGCAUCUUUGGAAGGUCUUCAUGAGGGAAUUGACUUUAAGAUGAAGGUCUCUAGAGUUGAAUUGGAAAGACUCUGUGCUGAUUUGUUGGAGCGCAUUAACAAGCCAAUCGAGACUGCUCUUUUGGCUGCCAACAUGAAAGUGGAUGAUAUCAAAUCUAUUGUGUUGGUUGGUGGAAGUGUUCGCAUCCCUUCUGUCCAAAGAGCCUUGGCUAAAUCCGUAGGAAGUGCCAAGAUUGCCAAGAAUGUUAAUGGAGAUGAGGCUGCAGUAUUGGGUGCUGCUUUCCGUGGUGCUUCUCUUAGUAACCAAUUUAGACUGACAAAACAGAUCAAGAUUAAGGAUAUAACAGUGUUUCCUAUUGAAGCUACCUAUGAACCCGAGAACAGCAACAAUGGAGCUAUUCACACCACAAUUUUCAAGGAAUUUGGCUCCAUUGGCACUCGCAAGAUUGUAACCUUUAAAAGAACAACCGACUUUGAAUUUGAUUUGGCCUAUGGAAAGAAUCCUACCACUAAAGAAAAGGACCAUGGACUUGACAAGAUUGCCAAGAUCAAGGUUACUGGUUUGACAGAGGCUUUGGAGAAAUACAGUGAAGAGAUCAAGGCAUCAGAGAACCCUCCCAAGGUUCGCGUUACAAUUGAGAUGUCAGAAUCUGGCCUUAUUUCUGUACCAGAAGCCUCUGUUAGCAUUGAAAUUGGUGAGGGAUCAAAGUCUACCUUUUCUGGUAGUUCUACUGCUGAUAAUGCUGAUGCUGAUGCUGAUAAUGCUGCUGCUGCUGCUGCUGCUGCUGCUGCUGCUGCAGAUGGUAGUGAUGAUGCCGGAUCUUCUCAGAAUGCAACCAAAAUCCCUGCAUCAACCCCACCAGUCAAGGAAAAGGAGCCUACGGUAACCAAGAUUAGCCUUGCCCUGGAAUACAUUCCAACUGGACCCUUGCCAUUGUCAAAGGAACAAAAGGCAGAGGCAGCCAAACGUAUCAAGGCUUUGGAUACAUUGGAUGAGCUGCGUCGUCUGCGCGAAGAAUCUCGAAAUGCAUUGGAAUCGUCAGUGUACCGCCUCCAGGACUUUUUGUAUGAUGAUACUGUCGGUAUUGUGUCAACCGAAGAAGAACAGGAAAAACUCAGAGAGCAUCUUUCCGAGAUCUCGGACUGGCUCUAUGACGAAGGAGAACAUGCCGAAACAUCGGCCAAUGUUGAUCGACUCAAGAAGUUACAAUUGCUUGAACAACCGAUUGUUUUCCGUCGUACUGAAUAUCUCGAACGCCCAAAUAAUAUCGACAAGAUCAAUAAGGGCGUCGAACAGGCCCGUACAUUUGUCCAGGUGAUCCGUGCUACUCCUGAGGAAGACCGGUAUCAUACCGAGGAAGAGCUGGACAGCUUGCUGGCCACAGCCGAAACUGCGGACAAGUGGAUCACUGAAAAGUUGGCCGCUCAAAACGUGCUUUCCAACUUUGCCCACCCUGCAUUGACCACAUCUGAAACCAGCGUCAUCCACCGCCUAGUCGAGGACGCUCUUUUGAAACUCAAGGCCAAAAAGAAGCCCAAGGUUUCCAAAAAG